UUUUUUCGUACGAUACCUCAUUGACUAGAAAUUCAUCCUAAACACUGACGAGAUGACAGCUGGCGAUGUAGUCGUAGUGACGGGUUUUACUGCAUUUCAAGGUUUUACCGAAAACCCAAGUUCGGAUAUUGUGGAUCUGCUAGAGAAGAAGAAAAUUCCAGCUUUCGAUGGAAAGCUGGUUACUGCAAAGAUGGAUGUUGUUUAUGAGGAAGUUGAGGAGACCGUAAAUAAAUUAUGGGAGAAAAAACCCAAGUUAGUCGUACAUCUGGGUGUCCAUGGCGGUGAUCGCCACAUUAAGCUUGAAAAUAGAUCGUUUGGGAAGGGAUAUACUAAAUAUGAUGUCAGAGGUUGCGUACCAAAAAAUAAUGUAUGCCCGGGUUACAGCCGAAGGUCGUCCCCUACUCUGUACACAUCGAUAAAUUGUGCCGCCAUAGCUGCUCAGGUUUCGAAUGAGAUUAAGUGCGAAGAUUUGGCAAUCACGGAUUCCGACGAUCCUGGAAGGUACUUGUGCGCAUACUCGUAUUACUUGUCCCUCUCCCACGAUAAAUCUCGAAGUCUUUUCAUUCACGUUCCUGAAUUCGACGAAGUUUGUACAUUGGAAGUCGUCACCGAAGCAAUUCAGAAAAUUAUCCUUGCUAUUCUGAAAACUCUGAACUGAUUAUACUUUUGACUUAAUCUGACACAGAAACAUACUCAAAGUCAGUACUAUCCAGUCAGUGCAUAACUAGC